AUGAUUUUCUCGCAAGCAUUCCGGAAUGAGCAGUUCAGUCCGGCGGUUGCGUUGUUCAGCGCAGCCGGACUUAUUAAAACAACGGCUGGCAUCAAGGAAGCCGAAAAUGAGGCAAAUAAAGACCACCGAAGAUUGAGUCGGGGCCAAAAAUUGGCACUACGCCGUCCUACUAUUUCCAUACAAGAUGAUGGAAAAAUCAUAAUUGAUCACGUCACAGCUCGAUGGGAUGGUGCACCGAUCAAUUCUCAAUCAGCACUUCUUGAUGCUGAUGAUGGUGCAACAGUCGUCACCGAUACAAUAAAAGACGAUCAGGAAGACAAAGAGCCAAAGUCAUGCAUUCAACAGACCGUAAAGUACAUCAAAAUCCUAACACCUCACGUGAUAUUGGUGUCGGUGCUCAUUGGUUAUCUCUGUUUGGGCGCAUGGAUCUUAAUGCUCUUGGAAACGCGAACGGAAUUGUUGGCGAGAUCGCGGAAAUUGGUUCGAUUAACCAACUUGAUGUCGAAUUUCACGGCGGAGAGUUGGCAAAUGUUGAGCAACGCGCAACAUGGAGCAAGUAUUGUGGACGAAGCCGAAUGGGCGGCGAUAUUUCGUGAAUGGAUGGUUCGGGUGUCGGAAACCGUUGACGAUCGGAGGCCGAUUCGAAGAGAACUCAACCGUCCAGAUGAUUUGGCCAAUAUGCACAAUAAGUGGACGUUUCCAACCGCAUUGCUCUACGUUUUGACAGUUCUCACUACUUGCGGUUAUGGUGAAGUUUCGGUUGACACAGACGUCGGAAAAGUGUUUUCCGUUGCGUUUGCUCUUGUCGGUAUCCCGUUAAUGUUCAUCACAGCUGCGGACAUUGGAAAAUUCUUAUCGGAAACACUUCUUAAAUUUGUUAGCUUUUGGAAUCGCAGUGUGCGAAAAGUCAAGAAAUGGAUUAAUCGCACUCGUCACGGUCGUCGAAAAUCACUGCAAUCAACUGGGGGUCAAAACGACACACUCGACAUUUUGGGCGUCGAUGGAACUGAGGAUAAAUUGUGGUUUCCAAUCGGCGCAUAUGUUUCCUGUAUCUGCCUCUACUGCUCAAUGGGUUCUGCGAUGUUUAUCAACUGGGAAAGGACAUGGUCUUUCAUCCACGCUUUUCAUUUCGGAUUUAAUUUGAUUGUCACGGUCGGACUUGGCGAUAUCGUCGUCACUGAUUACAUAUUCUUAUCAUUGAUCGUUGCCUUCGUAAUUGUUGGUCUUUCUGUAGUCACUAUGUGCGUUGAUUUGGCUUCAACUCAUUUGAAAGCCUAUUUCACCAGAAUUCAUUACUUCGGAAGAGCCAAACGAUUUUUGGGAAUGAGCGAAGAGCUCAAAGAAAUUGUUGCUUUGCUUGGAGCGAUGCGCCGAAAGAAGGGUGGAAAAGUAACCUGGAACGAUGUCCGCGAUUUCCUUGACAAUGAGCUUCGCGAUAGACCAUUUGAGCCGCAUGAGCUGUUGAUGAAACUUCGAUUCAUCGAUGAAACUUCCUCAGGAAUGUCAACUAUUCGACACAACUCGUUCCAAUCGGACUUCUUCCGCGAGUCUGAAUAUAUCCGGCGUGUGGCUGCGCUUCGUCCCGAGCAACCCGCCUAUUUAUAA